AUGAAAACUUGCUGUAGAGAUUCAAUCAGCAACCUACCAGACGAGGUUCUAGGCCAAAUUCUGUCUCUGCUCCCUACUAAGCUUGCUGCUUCCACAUCAGUUCUCUCAAAGCGAUGGAGGAAUCUGUUGCCCCUCAUGCACAACCUCGAUUUCGAUGAGUCCAUGGUCCUUUAUCCAACCACAAAAUCAGCUACAAGAUUUCAUGGUCAUCAAGGCUUCGUUGAUUUCGUGGAGAAAACAUUUGUCCUGCUUCAAGAUUCCCCCAUCAAGAAAUUCUCAUUGAAAUGGGAAUCAGAGAUCGAUCAGCCUCGUGUCAACGGGCUGAUUCACAAUGCGUUACAACGUGGAAUCUUAGAACUACACUUGACAUCAUCAAUCAGUCAGUGGUGUAUAGAGACUAAGUUGUUCUCGAGCAAGACACUGGUUAAGCUGACUCUAUCUCUAGAAUGUUAUUUCAAAGAGAGGAUUCAACAUCCCACCGAUGUGUAUUUCCCUGCACUCAAAACACUCUCUCUCAUUUCAGCUAGGUUUGGAGAUGAUGGCAUGUAUAAAUGGCUCCUACUUAGUAGCCCUGUGCUUGAGGAGUAUAAUGUGUGCGAUGAAGAUCCUUUUAAAUCGAGUUGGAAAGGAUGGGUUUGCAGUUCAUCCAUCAAGAGAAUAACCAUUCUUCACCGUUCUCUCAUAAGAGACGAGCACUCAAUGGUUGCCAUUCGGACACCUACUCUUUUGUACCUUGAUUACUCUGGCUAUGUCAUAGAGAAUUAUCAUGUUAUACUGGAUUCGCUUCUUGAAGCUAGACUUGAUCUUCGAUUAUGGAAGUAUCACACGGUAUUGCAUGCAAUUUGUGAUCAUAUUGAAAAGGAUUGGGGUGAUGCAUCCCAACUCAUGGCAGGGAUAAGAAACGUUGUGACCCUUCACUUGUCUGCUGAUUGUCUAGAGGUGCUUUAUUUCUGCUGUAGAUCUCUGCCGGAUUUCAACAACCUCCUUACAUUAUCUUUUGAGAGCCAUAGUGAACGGAGUUGGCAAAUAGUUCCAUAUCUGCUCAAGAAUUCUCCAAAGCUAGAAACUCUAAUCAUCAAGGGUCUUGUGCACAAGAUUACAAAAGGAUGUGGGGAUGUAUGUGUUUGCGAACGUGAGACGAAGAAGAAGAAGAAGGGUUGUUGUUUACCGUGGUGUCCAGUAAAGGUGCUAAAGGUAUAUGGUUAUGGAGGAAGUUGUGGAGAACUGAAACAAAUGAAACAUUUCUUGAUCAACUUGAGGAGACUUGAAGUCGUGGAAAUUGGGUUUCAAGUACUUGAUCAGCAAGAAAAAUACUUGCCACUCAUCAAUGACCUAAUGAACCUCAUCCCGAUAGCUUCAUCCAAGUGCAAAAUCAAAUUCAUGAUUUGA